GGCAACGGGCCGGUGACUACUUCCGGUGCUGUAAGGGCUCGGGGCUGACGCGGGGUAAUUCCUCUCCUGCAGUUACUUUUGGAUGGAAGUAUGCUCUUUUUCCAAUAGAAGAUGGUAAACUUGGAGAAUGACCAUGGAGAAGGGGAUGAGUUCUGGAGAAGGGCUGCCUUCCAGAUCAUCUCAGGUUUCGGCUGUUAAAAUAACAGCCAAAGAAUUGGAAACAAAGCAGUCACAUAAAGAGAAGCGAGGGGGCUUUGUGUUGGUGCAUGCAGGUGCAGGUUAUCAUUCUGAAUCCAAAGCUAAGGAAUAUAAACAUGUAUGUAAACGAGCUUGUCAGAAGGCAAUUGAAAAGCUACAGGCUGGUGCUCUUGCGACAGAUGCAGUGACUGCAGCUCUGGUGGAACUUGAGGAUUCUCCUUUUACAAAUGCAGGAAUGGGAUCUAAUCUAAAUCUCUUGGGUGAAAUUGAGUGUGAUGCCAGCAUAAUGGAUGGAAAAUCCUUAAAUUUUGGAGCUGUUGGAGCACUGAGUGGAAUCAAGAACCCAGUGUCAGUUGCGAACAGACUCUUGUGUGAAGGACAGAAGGGCAAGCUCUCAGCUGGCCGAAUUCCUCCCUGCUUUUUAGUUGGAGAAGGAGCCUACAGAUGGGCAGUAGAUCAUGGAAUACCCUCUUGCCCUCCUAACAUCAUGACCACAAGAUUCAGUUUAGCUGCAUUUAAAAGAAACAAGCGGAAACUAGAGCUGGCAGAAAGGGUGGAAACAGAUUUCAUUCAACUAAAGAAAAGAAGACAAUCAAGUGAAAAGGAGAACGACUCAGGCACUUUGGACACGGUGGGAGCUGUGGUUGUGGACCAUGAAGGGAAUGUUGCUGCUGCUGUCUCCAGUGGAGGCUUGGCCUUGAAACAUCCAGGAAGAGUUGGGCAGGCUGCUCUUUAUGGAUGUGGCUGCUGGGCUGAAAAUACUGGAACUCAUAAUCCCUACUCCACAGCUGUGAGUACCUCAGGAUGUGGGGAGCAUCUUGUACGCACCAUACUUGCUAGAGAAUGUUCACAUGCUUUACAAGCUGAAGAUGCUCACCAGGCUCUUUUGGAGACUAUGCAAAACAAGUUUAUCAGUUCACCUUUCCUGGCCAGUGAAGAUGGUGUGCUUGGAGGAGUGAUUGUUCUGCGGUCUUGCAGAUGUUCUGCAGAGCCUGGCUCCUCCCAAAAUAAGCAGACACUUCUAGUGGAAUUUCUGUGGAGCCACACAACAGAGAGCAUGUGUGUUGGAUAUAUGUCAGCCCAAGAUGGGAAAGCCAAGACUCACAUUUCCAGACUUCCUCCUGGUGCAGUGGCAGGACAGUCCGUGGCAAUCGAAGGUGGGGUUUGCCGCUUGGAGAGCCCAGUGAACUGAACCUUCAGAAUGAGCAUGAAGCACCUGAGGCAUUUCAGAACCUGAACUUUCUGGUGUUUUUAACGAAGUUGGAUGUUUUAUUGUCUUCAUUUCAUAAGUCCUAUUGCAGCCUUGUGCACCGCUGGCGACACUAGCGCUGCUGUAGUUAUUGCUUAGUGACACGCGGGCCUUUGUGGGUGAGUGGGACUGAAUGCGUGUGUGUGCGUGCAUGCUUGCUUUUCCCUUGAUGAAACAGAAACUUCUCCCUAUUGUGUAAACUUAAGACCAGGAAUGAUUAAAUCAUAUUUACAAAAUGUGUGCUUUAACUGUUUACAAGUCAAACCUGAAGUUGCAGGAAACAUUUUUUAUUUCAUAAAGAGGUACCAACUGUUGAUGUAAUGUGUCUGAAUUGAAGAGUAAAUCUACUUGUUUAAGUGAUUUGACAGUGAUAGUGCUCAAUUUAAUAACAGUAAUAAGUAAUAAAGUGUUUUUAUUUGUUAACCAGUUUAAGUGGAUCCUGUGGUAACUUAAACUGUUAUUCUCAUCCCUCAUAUGGGGCAUUUUUUUUUUAACAGAGAGUGGUUUCAGUGAAACAAUCUAGCAAAGAAUUAAGGUCAGAACCUUAUUAAAUAAUAGUCUUAUUGAUAAAGUUUGUACUUCUUUACUCAAGCCUUUCUAAGCUUAAAUACUGCAUAGCUUCGAGCUGUAUGUACUGUAUUAUGAAAGAAUAUGUAAAGAGAACAUACAGUAAUGCACAGUCCUUAAUUUGUGUAUAAUAGAAUGUUAUUUACGAUGUAACACUGUAAAUAAGAAAGCAAAAUUUAUGGGAAAAUUCAAUAUUAUCUUUGUUUCUUGUUUAAAUAUAUUUUUAAGGUAAAAGCACGAAAAUAAAA